ACCCACUCGCUCGUCUCCACUUCCGCCUCCAACCUCACCUCCGCCUCCAAGCCCCCCAACCCCCCCAAGACCCAGCGCAAACCCCACACCCCUCAGCCCGAGCGCAAGACCAGCCCGCACACUGCGCUCGCCCCGCGUCUUGGGAUUAGGAUCGCGGUAGCGGUAGCGGUAGCGGUGGAGGUGGAGGUGGUAUGGCUCAUCACGAGAGUCCCAGCUGUGGACAUGGCCAUGGUCAUGGUCACGCUCGUGUGAACGACGAGCCCCAAGGCCGCUGUAAUGGCGAUGGCGGUGGCGAUGGCGGGGGUAUUGAGAGUCCUGAUGCUGGUCCUGAUGCAGCUGGUCCUGAUGCAGCUGCUGGUCCCGAUCCUGAUGCUGGUGCUGAUGUUGAUGCAGCCGCCGCGCCUGCUAGGCGGAGCGCUGCGUAGGCAACAGGGGCGCAGACACAGCCGCAGACGACAGGGGCACAGCGUGCAGCAGCCUCGCGUUGGGGGGCCGGAACUGCGGAGUCUGGAUCAGCGGGCUGCCAUGAAUGGAUGUUCAUAUCGAUAUGCGUAUUCGUAUGGAUAUGCGUAUCGAUGUCGGUGGUAAGAAGGACGGGGGCGUGGGCGAGGGCGAGACAGGGCGUCGGGGUCGGGAACGAGGGGUGGGGAUAGGAGAUAGGAGGUUUGCAGGCGUUGGAGAGAGAGAGAGAGAGAGAGAG